UUCUUAGAAGAAAGAUUGUUAGAAGAUUUUUGUAUCGAGACAAGGUGCUGUCCAACUUUUCAUAUAAAAAAUUUAGAUAGUGGUAUAGCUGACUUUCCUUCCCUUGUCUCGGCUAAAAUCUUCGAUUUAAGAAUUGAUUCAAUAGAAAAAACGGAAGAUUGUAUAAAAUUAUCUUGUCGUUCGUAUGAAUUGAAGCGAAACAUCACUGUGUACUUGCGCGAUAUAUGGUCCAACACAUUAAUCGAUUCUAAUUCAUCUUUGCGAUUAAUUGAUCCUAAAAUAGAAUUAGUGGCUGACUGGACCAAUGGACUAGUCGUGGUUAAUAGUGAUAUUCUUGUAGCGUGUACAUCAAUCUCUCAGGGAGUCUUUUGUAAACGAAAAGUAAUUCUUGGUGAAAAAUAUUACACGAGUAGUGAGCCUAAUAAAUAUAUGCUUCUGGGAAAUAUUCUUCAUUCUUUGUUUCAGAUUGCAGUAUAUCGUACACCACGAUACUUGACUAAAACAUGGUUACUAUAUGUAUGGCGGCGAGAACUUCGUUCAAAAUUUAUGGAACCAAUUAUUGCUUUGGAUUGGUCUUCCUCAGAGUUAAUUCCUUACAUGGAAUCCAUUGUUAAAUGGAUCACAACAUAUAUGGUAAAACCUUAUGCAAACAAUAAAACUUUACCAAAUGGCUCGACAAUUCAAACAGUAAUGGAUAUUGAAGAAAAUAUACAUUUUCCAUUGCUUGGUAUAAAAGGCAAAGUUGACGUGCGAACAAAAGAUGGAACACAUCUGAUAGAACCACUUGAAUUAAAGACGAGAAAGAGUGGGCUUACUAUUGAAUACACAGCACAAAUUCUUUUGUACUGUUUGGCUCUAUCAAGCCAAGGUACCAUUGGGAAUGGAACAAUAUUGUUUCUUAAAGAUGGUAAUAUGGAUCAGAUUUGUCCUAAAGCAGCUGAUUUGAAGGGUAUAAUUCAUAUGAGAAACGAACUCGCCAAAUUUGUGUGUUCUGAAAAUGUUCUACCUAAGCCGUUACCAGAUCCUCAUUUCUGUUCCUCUUGUUCAUAUUCGCUAACAUGUAGUUUACUGCAACGAACUUUUGAUAACUUAGAAGAAAUAUCGGGUUCAAUGCAAAAUUUCGUAAAAAUUCUCACGUCUCAUCUUAAUGAUGAACAUCUUCGUUAUUUUGCUAAAUGGGUUCAUUGGAUAUUCCUGGAAUGGAAAACUGACCAUUCAUUAAAAUCUAAAAAUAUGUUCAAAAUGGUCACAAAACAAAGAUAUAUUGUAGAAAAAGAUAUAACUUUAUCCUUCAAAGACAAUGUUAUUAAUCGAUUUAAAUCAAAUCAAGAAUAUUUUUUCGACAAACAUGAAAAUUUUUCGAAUCAUUUAAUAAAUUUAUCUAAUGUUACAAGGAUAAUGAAGCCGAAAGAUGAAGAAUCAAAAGUAAGAGAAUUAAUUAUUGACCUAAGGAUGCCAAAAUUUGAUAAAGUAAAGAAAAGUGAUUUAUCAAAAAUUUCUGAUUUGUUAAAAAUUCUAAAUCAAGAACAAGCACGAGCCGUAUUGAAAUCGCUUAUGGCAAAAGAUUACUUGAUUGUACAAGGCUUUCCAGGCUCAGGUAAAACUACUACCAUCGUUAUAUUGUUGCAAUGUUUGUUAAUACUUGAUCGUUCCGUUCUUCUGACUGCUUAUACUCAUUCUGCAGUUGAUAAUAUUUUAUUGAAAUUAAUGAAGGUGAAAUUCUUAAUUAAUUUACCUAGUAAUCGUAGCCAAAAGUUUGUGUUCCCUUUCCUUAGCACAGAAUUUUAUAUUUUUAUUCAGUUUUGCUAUAAUUCACUAAAAAUUUGUCAUCAUUUAUUCAAAUUUUUUCAGCCAAUAAUUGCAUGUACGUGCCUGAGUAUUCCAUCUUCACAUUUUUUAUUGAAUCGGCGAUUCUCAGUAACUAUCGUGGAUGAGGCAUCUUUGAUUGUGGAAAGCGCAUUGCUUCCAGCUUUGAGUAAAUCUGAUACUUUUAUACUCGUUGGAGAUCCACUUCAAUUGAGCCCUCUUGUUAAAUCGCGAAUUGCUAAAUUAAUUGCGAAAUUGAGUAGCGAAUUGUUUUACGAUAAUAAAUUAGCAUGCGCCGAUGAUGCUGUUGCUGAAUCUCGAUAUAGGUCGUUAUCACUAGAAAACAUUGAUUUAUCAUUCUUAUGCAUGUCUAAUAGGGUUAAUGAUGCGAUUGUUUUUCUUGAUACCCAAUCAACGAUUAAUUCUCAAUAUCGUAUGGAAGUUGGUGCAGAUCCCAGGCAUAUUUGGAAUAAUGGUGAAAUCCAACUUAUCAAAUCUCUUUGCGACAGUUUUUUUCGGGUAUUUGCAGGAGUAAAGAAUGAGGAUAUUGGUGUUAUUGGCGUUUACCGUUAUCAUAGUGAUAUGCUGAAAUGUAUGUUAGAUAAUGUCGAAGUUAAUACUAUUGAUCAGUACCAAGGAAAGGAGAAAUCGAUUAUCAUAUUAAGUCUAGUGUGGACUGAGGAUGGAAGCAAAAUUGCCAGUGAAUUACUUGCUGAUCAGAAGCGCAUAAAUGUAGCCAUAACAAGAGCCAAGCAUAAACUCAUUUUAAUUGGUUGUCGACAUUCUAUGAUGAGGUUUGUUCGAAAUUUGUUUCUUCUAACUAUAUGA